CCGGACGUAACGCCUCUCAGGCAUUGAGAGCCUGCUCGUUCUGCGAACAUCGGCGGCUCCUUCCCAAACAAUUCACUCCCGACGCUAUCACGCGGAUGUGUGUCACAACACAACCGACGCAUACGACGUUGCAACAGCCAGCGGGAGUACCCUACGAGAACCAGGAUGAGUUCGUUCAAAUGGGAAAGAACAGAAUCAAGCAACGCGAGAACGAGAAGCUGAAGAAGCAGGCGCGUCGCGACCGGCACUUCCAACGCCAUCCCGAUUACGUCCAGAGCUGCGAAAUGGCCGCGCGGACUGGAUUGCCAAGCAGAACGCACAUGACCGCGCCGGCACCUCCACCUCCACCCCCACCCCCACCUCGACCUCCACCUCCCUCCCAUCCCCAUCCCCAACCCGGUCCCCCACCACAUCAAUCCCAUCCAUCGCUACUAUAUGAGCCGAAGAAAGGUCCACAGAAGGUGCGAGCACGGGAGAAGACGUAUAGGAAGAUGCAAUCACAAUUCCGGAUGAAAGCUCAGGAUCUGAGGCGCGGAAGUAAGCGGUUUUUUUGAAGGAUAGAGCGUGUAAGUAUAAAAACAAGGGAUGCGUUACGUUUGUCGCCUUUCAUAUGUCCCUACAGCUGGCACACACGGCAAGAGUCUUAGAGAGCAGCUUUGGAAAGAUCAGGAAGAGACACGGAAGCACGCCACCGCCCGGCCUCCUUUGAACGUGACCCCAAUGAGAAGGAGAACAUCAAUAUCAUCGGCGAAGGGCUGUACUACGACCAACAUGAGGUAUCGAAAGGUAAAGCGUGAGCGCAGAAAGAUGGUACGUUGGUAAUUGGCUUUUUGACCCGCUUUUUU